AUGUCGCGGCAAGGCCCAAGUAAUGGGUCCUGGGUGCCCUCUACCGGGUACAGGAGGGAUUCCAUGAGAAGCAGUGCGAGCAUCGCGUCCGAUGUGGAAAUGGCGCAUGAUGAGAUGUUCUCCGGACCCAUGUCCGAGAGCGUGCCAUCAAGCAUUGCAUCCUUCGCCCAUCGUCGCCCCCGUCAAGACUCGACGGUCACUUUCACCUACCUCACGGAGGACGAAGACAACCUAGAACAAGGCGUCGAAGAAGCUGUGGGAUACGAUAGCGAUCUAGAGGAUGGGAUUUUGUUUAGUGACCAAGACGGCGUUGAGUCUGUUGUUUCAUUCUCAAAGCGCCACCGGCGAUCUACUGAAUCUGACGUAUCCGUCGAGCAUCCGCUUCUGGACAGGCAUGAAUCAACCCAGUCAUUUCUGGAACGGAAAAAAACUGGCAAUCGCAUCAGUCAGAAGAUAUAUAUUGCGACUGAGGACUUGACGGCAGUAAUCACAGGGUUUUGUACAAACACCUACGGUUUCGCACUAUACAUCGCUUUAUGCGUGAUGUCUUUGGGUGUUGGCUAUCUUGUCCUUCGUUGGAUACCGAAGUGGCGCCUACGAUUGAUAGGUACCCCCGCACCGCUCAGGGAUUGUCGAUGGGCUGCGAUUGAGGAUCAAUAUGGUCAAUUCAACAUUCACCGGGUCUCUAAGCAAGACUAUGGAUCUCCACUAUCCACCGUCAUUGAUGUGGCAUCACUCGGCAUCCGCUCUGAUAAUGACGAAGAAAAUGAUCCAAUCUUGACUCAUCUUAGGCUAUUAGAGUAUAGGUAUCUUCGUUUUGUGUAUAAUCCAGUGGAUGAUACAUUCCAGUCUGUUAGUGGCUGGAAAGAUCCUAUGUGGACGGAUACAAAACUUAUGCGGUCAGGUUUGGAUGCCGACGAGAGAGACAAUAGGGAACUUGUAUUCGGUCAAAAUUUGAUUGACGUGCAACAAAAGUCCACGCUUCAACUUCUGGUCGAUGAGGUGCUUCAUCCUUUCUAUAUCUUCCAGAUUGCGAGCUUGACCUUGUGGUCUAUGGAUGAAUAUUACUACUACGCGGUCUGCAUUUUCCUCAUCUCUAUCUUCAGUAUUACUGCAACCAUACUUGAAACACGCUCUACAAUGGCACGCCUGAAAGAAGUUUCCCAUUUUGAGUGCAAUGUACGAGUUCUUCGGAAUGGGUUUUGGCGGACGGUUACAUCGGUUGAUUUAGUUCCAGGUGACGUGUUUGAAGUCUCAGAUCCAUCUCUAACCCAGGUGCCAUGCGACUGCUUGCUGUUAUCUGGCGACUGCAUCAUCAACGAGAGUAUGCUUACAGGUGAAUCCGUUCCUGUAUCGAAGAUACCUGUUACAGAGGAUGUUCUCGAUUAUCUCGACCUCAAGGCCCCUUCUAUUCACCCCAUAGUGGCUAAGAAUUUUCUGUUUUACGGUACAAAAAUUAUUCGAGCGAGGCGGCCUCGUCAAUCCAACGAUGAUGUGGAAGCUGUUGCUCUCGGUGUUGCGUUACGCACGGGUUUCUCUACGACAAAAGGCUCCCUUGUUCGCUCAAUGCUCUUCCCUAAACCUUCCGGGUUCAAGUUCUAUCGAGAUUCGUUCCGGUAUAUAUCUGUGAUGGGAAUCAUUGCAAUGCUAGGGUUUACGGCAUCCUUCGUGAAUUUUAUUAGGCUUGGGCUUCCUUGGCAUAUUGUUGUGGUUAGGGCUCUGGAUCUCAUCACUAUUGUUGUUCCACCAGCCCUUCCAGCGACUUUGACUAUUGGAACGAAUUUCGCGUUAUCUAGGCUGAAAAAGCAGCAAAUAUACUGUAUCAGCCCUCAGAGGGUGAAUGUCGGAGGCAAGCUAGACGUUGUUUGUUUCGACAAGACGGGCACAUUAACAGAAGAUGGAUUAGAUGUGCUUGGUCUUCGAGUUGUUAACAAAGAUAGGAGUUUCAGCGACAUGUUCUCCAACCCGAACGAUCUGGUGUCGGCUGCUCGUUCUCAGCGAAGCCCUAACAUGGACUAUGACAAAUGUCGAGACAUAAUCUGCACAAUGGCCACUUGUCAUUCCCUUCGAGUCGUUGAUGGAGAACUUCUUGGUGACCCGUUGGACAUCAAGAUGUUUGAGUUCACGGGAUGGACAUUUGAAGAAGGUGGAAAUACCCAGGUCGAGCAACAAGAAAAUCCCACCGGCGAUACCAUCAUACCUUCAGUAGCAAGACCGCCAACUGGCAGUCACGACUUUCAAAAGAAUCAGGUCCCACUAGAACUAGGCGUUCUCCGCUCAUUCGAGUUCGUCUCACAACUUCGACGUACUAGUGUCAUUGUACGACAAUUUGGUGAAAAUGGAGCCAGCGUUUUCGUCAAAGGUGCUCCUGAGUGUAUGAAGGAGAUUUGCCAUGCUGAUACUCUUCCGCCUGAUUUCAAUGACCUGUUGAGCCACUAUACACAUAGGGGAUAUCGUGUUAUAGCCUGUGCUGCCAAAUAUGAGCCCAAGUUAAGUUGGAGGAAGAUACAAAAAAUAUCCAGAGAACAGGCAGAAUCUGGUCUCAGCUUCCUAGGCUUCAUUGUCUUUGAAAACAAAUUAAAGGAGACAACUACACCGGUCAUCACUGAGUUGAGAGAAGCCGGAAUACGCACUGUCAUGUGCACGGGAGAUAACAUCCUUACCGCCAUCAGUGUUGCUAGGGAAUGUGGUCUCAUAGAUCGAAACUCCCAAUGCUUCGUUCCUCAUCUUGAUAGCACUCAUCAUCUGGAUCCGAACGCAUCUUUGAAAUGGGAAAGUGUCGAUGACCCAACUGCAAAACUCGAUGAGAAGACUCUCAUGCCUGUGUGGAACUCGACAACGCACGACGUUUCGAUACCUCUGAAUAAGCUCAAUGCAAAUUCGUAUUCGUUGGCUGUUAGUGGAGACAUUUUCCGCUGGCUUAUCGAUUACGGCACCGAAGAUCUGAUAAAAAGAGUACUCGUCAAGGGUCAAGUAUUUGCUCGAAUGUCUCCUGAUGAGAAACAUGAGCUCGUUGAGAAGCUUCAAUCGUUGGAUUACUGCUGUGGAUUCUGUGGCGACGGAGCUAAUGACUGCGGCGCACUCAAAGCAGCGGAUGUUGGUAUAUCAUUGUCAGAUGCUGAAGCCUCAGUUGCUGCCCCUUUUACGAGCCGUGUAUUUGACAUAUCCUGUGUUCCAAGAUUGAUAAAGGAGGGCCGAGCUGCAUUGGUCACAAGCUUCUGCUGUUUCAAGUACAUGAGUCUUUAUUCCGCUAUACAGUUCACAUCUGUUAGCUUUUUGUAUACAUCUGCGUCUAACUUGGGAGACUUUCAGUAUCUGUAUAUUGACUUGGCCCUUAUAUUACCAAUUGCUAUUUUCAUGGGAUGGAACGAUCCGUUCCCAAUACUAUCUCGGAAACGGCCAACGGCUGAUCUCGUUUCUCGCAAGGUUUUGACGCCUCUGAUCGGUCAGAUAGUACUAGCAGUCCUGACACAGUUGGUGGUUGUUGAAACCGUUAGAACUAGACCUUGGUACAUACCCCCAAAGGUCGAUGUCGAAGACACCAACAUCGAGAACUCUGAAAAUACGUCACUGUUCCUUAUUUCAUGUUACCAAUACAUAUUGUCCAGUGUCGUUCUGAGUGUUGGACCACCAUUCAGACAGCAAAUCUACAAGAACGCUCCCUUCCUCGUCACAUUAUUCCUGACACUCGCACUUUCGACCUUCAUGUUGAGUGAAACAUCAGAGAUCAUCAUGACUGUCAUGCAAUUAACACCGAUCCCUUGGAGUUUCGAAUUCUUCCUUGUGAUACUGGCAAUAUCCAGCUUUGCAGCGUCGUGGGUCUCUGAGAACUAUGUUUUCCCUAGUCUCGCUCGUAUCAUAGGCCGCACAAUUGCUUUAGUCCGACCGAAGCAAGAGAAGAACCGCCGUCAAUAUAAAGUUCUUUUGGAACGGAUGCGGGCGUGA